UGAGCACGAUGAAGUUCUUACUGCUGUUGGCAUUGGCUGCUGUGGCUGCUGGGGAUCACUCCUUUGGCGGACAAGGGCAUUUCCAUGGACAUUUCCAUGGGCAUGGGCACUUCCCUCAUGUCGGGCAUGGAUCCAGACAUGCCGCCGUCCACCACCCCGUGCGACCUGUGAUACAUCAGCCAGCUCCCGCGUUCCCGGUGCACCAAGGCCGAACUGGACCUGCGGUCCCCCCGGCAGCUGCCUCGGGCGUCCCGGUGGACGACAGGCAGGGCGACAGCGAAUACCACUUCUCGUGGCGCCAUGACGGCCGCAAGACCUAUACGUGGGAUGGCGCCAACCAGUACUGCGGCAACCUUGGCUCCGGCUGGCAGGGCAUCAGCAUCGGGACUCAGCAGGAGGACAGUCUCGUCAGGAAAGCGAUUAUAGAAGAUCGCCUACCAUGGAUUUGGACCUCAGGUCAUAUCAGGAACCACGGCUUCGCCUGGGCUUCAGGUGAAGAAUUCGUGGGUCUGAACUGGUCUCACACCGGCGGGAACCAUCGACCACAACCAGACAACCGAGAGGGGAACGAGCACUGCCUGGGGGUUCUCAACGACUUCUACGACGACGGCGUCAAGUGGCACGACAUCGCCUGCCACCACGACAAGGCCAUCAUCUGCGAGCGCAAAGUCCGAGUCCACGGUUGAAGAGCAUUACUGCUUUCUUAUAGUAUAAUCUCGUCCAUGUGAUCUAGAUCAUAUGACGUUGUCUAUAUUUAUGUGUAUUUAUAAGUGACAAUAAAUAAAGACCAAUUCA